AUGGCUGCCAGGAUGGGCAUGAGCCAAAGGGCGAAGGAACUGAUUUGCAGAGAUGCCAAUUUCAAAGUCAAUUUGGCCACAACCUUCAGUACAGCGCCACCAGAACUGGUGAGGGAGAUGGCUCGUUUUGGGGCCGUUGAAACACCGAAGUCCCUACUAACGGAGGACAUCGUCAGAUCGACACAUCCUAGUGUUCUCAAGACUGUUUAUUCUGAGGUGGCCAAAAGCGUUGACGCUGUUGAGAAGCUCCGGAAACAAGUCCAAAACAUGGGAUCAGACCAUGUAGUUAGGUUUUUGAUACAUCUCAUCAGGGAAGCACCACUUGCAGCGGGAACGUUUCUGGAUGAAGUUCUGUUGCAGACACCCAUUGUCAAGGAAAAAAGCCGCAACCCCCUCCCGCAGACCGCGGCCAUCCAGAAGGACGACCAGAUGAAUGUCACCUACGAGCCCUCAAGGGUUUGGGAUUUUGACUACGAGGUCGCGGAGUCGAUGAUGCCCUGGCAGGAAAAAUUCAUUUACCCGGGUAGCAGCUCAAGCUGCAACAAUGCGCAGUUUACCGAUGUCAAGAUUUUGGACGUGCCAGGCAUUAUCAGGUACGAGCUGUUUCUCGAAAUGGAGAUGUUGAGUUACGAAGCACGGGUCGAUUUAUUUCUCCAAUGCACAAGCUUACGCGCCAUCGUAGUCUGCACGUGGAACAGGUGGUCCAGGAUGGUUCAUGUUGUGGACGUUGCCUGUUUAGUGGGGCAAAUUACUAUCAUUUUGCUGUGGUUGGUUACCCUCAAAUUCGACUUGGCGGAUUACGCACGUGCGAUGGGGGCAAGCACAAAGUACGCAAUUAUCGUUUGCUGUUGGAGCGUAUUCACGGGAACAGUUCUUCCCGAUGUGGUUUUGGAGUUGCCAUUCCUUGUCAGCAGCCUUGGCUCUUUGAAGCGCAGGGCGUCUUCGUCUCAGGAUUCAGGCAGCAUGGAGCAUUUCAAGAGCUUCAGCAAGCGUGCUGUGGUUCUUUCGCUGAACCUCUGCUUGUCGAUCACCAGCUGGAAUUCUUGGGAGGAUACCCCCACGAAUCAGUACCGGACAUUCAUGGCACUGGCGCUCUACACUGGCUAUUGGCACUUGAUGGUGGAAUUGUCUAGGUUCCAUGGCCUCGGGGAGCAUUUGCUACCUAUUCUCAAUUCCUUCUCCAUGACAGCUAUGAAGACGAUGCUGUUAGUGAUCACGUUGUCUUGGAUCUCCUUUAUGCUUUGGAGCGUGAUCGAAUUCCAUGGCGAAGAUGAUGAUGGCGGCACAGUGACUCUUUGGCAGUUACUGGUGGAGUCGUUUUUGUCGGUCUGGGUCGAGGUCGGAGAAUCGACUUUCUUCCCAGGCGAAUACGUUGGGUUUAGAUUCAUGUACUGUCACGUUGUUGGUGCCAUGACCUUCGUUUUUGUCAACAUUAUUAUGAUGAAUAUCUUCAUUGGUAUUUGUGGCGAGUGCUAUGCGCACGAGAAGAGCAAAGUGGAUGGCAGCCUGGUCACGUCCAAGCUCGGAAUCUGCCAGAGGACCAUAGCACAGCGCCGCUUCUGGCUGGGGAGAUUCUCCACCCGGUUCAACAAUGAGGCCACUGCGGUCAUACAGCGGACAGCUGUGGGGUGUUCGGUUGUGUUGGCAACGUUGUUCAUUGCAGCGACCGCCGCUAGGUCGUGGGAUGUCGUUCCCAUUGUGCUCGCCGUGACCGUCGCUAGCCUUAUUGCUCUUUUGAAGCUCUUCGUCAUUCUUCGCAACACGAAGAAGAAGCCUGCAGAUGCCAAGCCAGGCGAGAGGUGGUGGAUUGAUCACAACUACAUUUGGGUUUGCACGCCAAAAGAAUGUCAUGAGCAAGUGGAUGACAGGCCAGACGAGGCACUGGAGCAUCCACGACUUUUUGUCGUCUACUCAGGCGGCGGCCUUACAGCAAGGGACUCGGAGGGCAAGGACAAGAUCAUCCGCAUAGAUGGCAUGUACAGGCAAGAAUCACACAGGAAUGGCCGCCCGCAGUAUUUCAGAUUUUCACCAGAAGACGAUCGUUCUGCCCCAGAGAUAAGAAUAUAUUGGAAGGAGGAGUUCUGUGGCAGCGGUGAUCUGGGCCAGUGGGAGCUGACAGUCCGAGACAACAGCGUCGACAUGUACAAGAAGCCCACCGCAGAGUUCUGCCUGCGGGGCUGCACGUCGCCCCUCGGCCGGGGCAUGACGCAGUGGAGAGCCGUCAACGAGGACGACGUCAGCGGGCACCUCUUCGUCAUGACGUCGCAGGACUUCAGCGCGUACCAGCAGCUGUACGGUGCUGGCCACAGCGGCAGCAGGGCAGGACGGCGCAGCUCCCGCACCGGCGAGCGCGUGCCCCCCCGGAGCCCCACGACCGAGCCGGCCGAGGCGGAGGCCUCGGCACCGGAGGCCGGCGGCACGGAGGGGCGCCAGACUGGCGGCAGCAGAGACGGGCGCACCGACGAGCGGAGGGCGCCGCCAGAGUGGCUGCGCCGGCUUCUGGCCGGGGCCCAGCUCGACGCAGACACAUCGACAGCGCCCCAGACGCCGAGGCGUACCUCUCCAGCGCCGCCGCGUGGGUCCGGCGAGAGCAGGUCACGGAGAGGCAGCUGCGCGAGGACGGCGAGGCCCUCGAGGAGCUCGCGAGUGCGAUGGGCCUGGGCAAGUACCCUCGGAGGCGCCUGCAGCAGGCGCUCGCGCGGGCGCCAGAGGGCGAUCGGCUGGAGCCAGAUGCGCCCGCGCCCUCGGGCGCGGCGCCGGCGCAGGCGAAGGGAGAGGUGCGGGGGUCGGGCCUGCCACACCUGGGGCCCCCCGUGGACAUCGACUGAGAGUGCCUUCGGCGCGUGCAGGCAAGCACGGACCGAGAACGCCUUGGGUUUGUGA